AAGAUAUUCAAAUUAAGUCGCCCAAAAUCCGGAUAGGAUCACAUCAUUGGUCCACACAAAAAAGAAAAUGUUUAUUUCGAAAUUCGAACAUCAUCGAGCAUACUGAGCUGUCAACUACACGUCAGCGGCAGACGUCAGACAAGACAGGGGAUUUUCUGGGUCCUCCUUAUCACGGUUUUUCCAGUCGCAAUCCGACAAAUUCCACUUAGAAUUUUCCGACGAAAACAUGUCAUAAAAUUCGUCCGACCCGAAAGAUAUCGUUGACAAAAUCAAUUCGUUAUUUGUAAUUCUUUUUGUCGCCGAAAUUCCCGUCUGUCCCGCCGACUGCUUCGUUGUGUGUUGUUGUCGCCCGCCUGUCAGUGAGGUUAUGCUCAAGAGCUUGUCGCCCAAGUCAAUACAUCCCACGUGAGCGAACAUGAUACCGCUGAGCCAUCGCGACAAACGGAACCUCUCGUCCCGGAUCAAGGAGAAGCUGAACGGCUGGAAGCGGCUCGUCUUUGCCGAUCGGAAUUCCCGGAAUUUGUUCCUGUUUCUGAUUUUGAAUUUAAGUUUUGCGUUCGUCGAGCUGCUGUACGGAGUAUGGACAAAUAGUUUAGGUCUCAUAUCGGAUUCAUUUCACAUGUUCUUCGAUUGUACAGGUCUCAUGGCAGGUCUGGCAGCUUCUGUAAUUACCAAAUGGAAAUCAAAUGAGAAGUAUUCGUAUGGCUACGUGCGAGCUGAAGUAUUAGCGGGUUUCGUUAAUAGUUUGUUUCUGCUAUUUAUCGCCUUCUUCAUUUUGUCUGAAGGAGUGGAGCGACUAAUCGAGCCCCCGGAAGUCAAGCAUGAACGUUUAUUUGUCGUAUCCGUUUUAGGAUUAUUAGUGAAUUUGGUUGGAAUAUAUGCAUUCCAGCAUGGACAUGGCCACAGUCACGGAGGCGGCGGCGGACAUGGGCACGGUCAUAGUCACGGGGGAGGAAACAGCCAUGGACAUUCGCAUGACAAUCACAGUAGUCAUAUUGAUCUCCAUCACUCACAUUCGAAUCAUGUUGAUCAUGGACAUAGCCAUAACGAUGUGGCUGCAGGCGGUAGCAAUUCACAAAUUAUGCGAGGCGUUUUCCUGCAUAUUUUGGCUGACACUCUAGGAUCAGUGGGCGUGAUAAUUUCAGCCGUUCUAAUGCAAAUGUUCGGCUGGUUCAUAGCCGAUCCGAUCUGUUCCAUAUUCAUUGCUAUCCUGAUUGCACUUAGCGUACUGAGUUUAAUUAAGGAGUCAGUCAUGAUUUUAAUGCAACGGCAACCAGUCGAUUUGGAUCGGGCUUUGCCCCAAUGUUAUAUGAAAGUAACCGGCCUGGCCGGGGUGUAUGCUGUUCAAGAGCCACACUUUUGGACCUUAUGCUCGGACGUGUAUGUUGGUGCUAUAAAGUUAGAAGUUUCGAAAAAUGUCGAUCCGAAAUACGUUCUGACGCACGCUCGAAUGAUAUUUGAGUCAGUGGGUGUUAAGCAAAUUUAUAUACAAUUAGAUUAUGUGUGAUAGUAACUAAUAUUUUGUUAUAUUUUUAAAAAAGUAAGAAAAUUGCGUAUACAUUAAAAGAGAACUUAGAUUGUAAUUUAUUGAUUUUUUAGUGGCUUCGUGAAGUGGCAAUGGAUCGUUGGAUUAUAUCGGAGUUCGAAUAUCUGCUUGCAGAGCGUUGUGAGCGUAUUUGGUAGGCUGGUAGAUAAUGGAUAUGAUUCCUCCGACGCGCUUCGUGUAUAUGAUCGGAAGGAAUUGUUCAAUAUUAAUUGGAUUUUUCUUCUUCAUUGAGGGUUUUUUCGAUUCUUCAUUGCAGUUGAAACAUAAAGCUCGUCUAUAAUGUGCCACACAUCACAGUCUUAUGAAAGUUUGGUUGCUCCGAGAAUACCUUUAGGUUUUGACAUUGAAUAAAACCCUUUCAGAGAUUAGUAAUUGUACCCAUAUUCUCAUCAACGCAUUUAAGUAUGCCAAUGCCAAUAUAUCCAACGAUUCAUUAUCAAAUCAUAUUUGUUUUCUUCGCGCUCAGUGAGCACGACAAAGGAUAAAGUUGUUUUGUAUAUUUUUGUAAUGUGUGUGCUAUUGCAAACGCAAAAUCCUGAACUAAGUUACUUUGUAUAAAAUGCAAACGAACGAAGAAGAAAAGAAUAAUUAAAUUUCAUUCCAAAUA